AUGAUCAAGUACUACCCAUUCCUAUUAUUUUUUCUCUCAGGUUUUGCACAUCUCUGGGGUUUUCCUAUUGGUAUCCUCGGGAACAAUGGUGUGCUGUUCUCGGACUCGGCUGUCAAGGGUGCCCAUUUCAUCGAAUUAUGCUGUCAGCGUCGCAUUCCGCUUCUGUUCCUGCAAAAUAUUACAGGCUUUAUGGUCGGCCGAGAGGCGGAAGCUGGUGGAAUCGCCAAACAUGGUGCGAAAUUAGUCACUGCGGUCUCCUGUGCCACUGUUCCCAAAUUCACAGUGGUUAUUGGUGGGAGCUAUGGGGCUGGCAAUUACGGCAUGGCAGGUCGCGCCUACUCUCCUCGCCUACUGUUCAUGUGGCCCAAUGCACGUAUCAGUGUGAUGGGCGGAGAGCAGGCGGCCAAUGUAAUGGCCCAAGUGCAAUCUGAACAGAAACAACGACUCGAGAACCGUAAG